UAUCACUAUGCGCUAGUAACGCAUUUUCACUAGUAACAUCACCGUCUUCUUUGUUUAUCAUCAACGAUCUUUUUCAGAAAGUGUAGGUUAUGUUUACACAAAAUAAGUCGCAGCAACGCGUCGCGGACAACAUAAACGCAUUAAAAAUGUUUUUACUGAGAUGACCUAACGAAAAAUCGACGAUGGAUCCCUUGCAAAUAUUUGACAACUUCAAAUUGGACACCUUGGACGAAGAGUGGAGCAAUGAAGUGUGGCAAGGGGAAUUUAUUCUCUUUCCUGAACCCCCAGUUGAGUACUCUAUUCUCCUGGGCAGUGAGGAUAUGGAGUUGUUUUUGAGAGAAACAUGUGAUGCAGUGAAAAAAUGGAUAGAAUUGAAUCGUUGUCAAGAUGAGUCUGACCAGGACAGCAGAGUGGAAGUUUCUUGGCAGACUCUUACGGCAUUGAGCAUCAACAUCAGGGGUUUGCUAGCUGUCCUGGGAUAUCUUAUCAAAACAGGACAAGCUGCAGGAGCAGAUGAAGAUUCGCGACAGGCAUGUUUAGCAUCUGCAAGUUUAUAUUUCACACUGCUGAGCAUACCUGGAAGUAGUACUUACCAUGUUUUUCAUCCAAAUCUGUACCAUCGUGCGAUUGACACACUAAAAAUGAGUGAACAUUUAGUGGAGCAAAAGAAACAAAGGAUCACGGAUUUAGAAAGUCUUUAUUUGGAAGAGCGUCCGGUGGCUAUGUUAAAAAGUGAGAAAAAAACUCUGGUUAAAAGUUUGAACAGCAUUUUAUACGAUUUGAUCACAUUGUUUAAAACGUUUUAUAUGAAAUACCAAGCGGAUUCUUUAGAAAUAACUAUAAUGAAUUUAGUGGAGCUGACAAAGUUGGAAACUGAGGUAAAUCAUUUCCAAGAACAUAGCAAAUCUUUAGGAGCUUCGACAACUUCUUUAUCUUAUAAUGCCUAUGUAGCUUUACAAGACCUCUGUGAUCCAAGACAUGGAGAUGCGGAAGAUGUCAUUACACUUAUAAUGAAGUAUCUAAUGCCUCAUCUUUGUCCAAAUUACCUGGAUUUACCAGCAAGAGCAGCUAAUGUAGUUUGGGAUACAAUAGUAGGAUUUCUUAAAAACUUGUUAAUUUCACAAGGAAGUCUAGCAGAGCCUGGUAUGGAAAUCUUAAUUCAGAAUUUGUUAGUACAAUGUCCAGAUCGGUCAGAACCAAGACAGAAGCAAGCCACUACAGUUGCAAAGUUAUUUAAUCUGUGCCAAGGAGAAAUUUUUAUUAAAUGCAUAAGACAUUUAAUACUUUUUGCUUUUAAUAACAAGAUACCAUACAGAAUAUUUGCUCAAGAAGUCAUUGGGAGAUUGUUAACAGAAUUGUCCAUAAAUGUAUCAGAAAAUCAAGUUCAAGUAAGAGAGAAAGUUAAGAUGGUAUUGAUCGGCACAGCACUUAGUCGUUGUAUGGAUAUUUCUAGCAUGGUAAGAGGAAAGGCAAUGUCAGUAGUAGAAACCCUUGUUAAUAAUGAAAAUAUGACCGUACGAGAUUUUUUAAACAUGGAAGAGGAAGAUAAGCCAUUUCCAAUGGAUGAGAUGCUUCUUGAUGCACUUGAAAUGGAUGUUAAUCCUCUACCUGGGCCAAAAGCUUUUAAUUCUAUGUUACUGCAAAGAAUAAAAGAUGAGCGUGCAUUGGUGAGGAAAAGUGCUAUGCAUGCACUUCAGAAUUUAGUAACACACUUCCCAGAUUUGCUAGAUAUAGUAGCCCCUAUAAUUGGUAAACAUUGUAGAGAUCCAGCACUGACUGUACGCCGAGAUGCUUUGCAAGCAUUAACUAAUCUUUUGCAGAAAUACCCACUUGAUAAUAAACUUCUGGGUGAGUACAUAAAAUCUGUUCCACCCCGAAUGUAUGAUGUUGAAACCAAAGUCCAAGAAAAAGUUUUGGAAUCACUGCAGAAUUUAGUUUUAGAUAAGAUAAAACCAUACACUGUAGAUGAUAACGAGAAUGUACAGUAUUUAUUACCAUGGAAGAUAAUAAGACAAUUGACUGAAAAGAAAAUGAGAAAAAAUUUAUCAAAAAUCUGUGAUAGUUGGGUAAAAAAUGGUGUUAUUACUAAUGCACUAAUUAGUAAAAUACAAUCACAUAUUGGAUCAGAACAUGAUGUUGAAACAUGGGUAUUGCUUACUGCUUUAGCUGAGAACACAAAAUUAAUGAAUAUGGACCAGUAUUUCAAAGACUAUAAAACAAUAAUUGAAGGUAACGAAUUUAUUUCUACCUUGAAGUUAGAAGUACUGAGACAUACCUGGCAAACAAUGGGGAAAGAAUAUUUGAAAAAUAUUCAUGCUUAUAUAUUUGACUGCCUCUGUAAAUUUCGUAUAAAUCUUGAGUACAUUUCACUAUGUAUGGACAUUUUAAGUGUAAUAACAAGGCAUUUGGACAAAUCCAGUGGUGAUGAUAUGAUGCAGUCCCAUGUAGUUGAUUUAAUGAGGCUAGCAGAAGCUCAAAUUGAGCAGCUUGAAGAAGAUGAUGAAGAAAUAUCAGAUGAAGGUAUCAUGAUAUACUUGAAAGCUAUGUGUACUUUGGGUCACGCUUCGUUUUUAUGCUCUGAGAGUGUGUCCGAAUCCACUAUAAGUAUUGUACAAGGUUUUUUGCUUGAUUGUGAGACUGUCCGAAUGACAGCCCAUGCUUUGGAAAAAUUCAAAGCUACUGGAAUAGUUCUACUAGGACAACAAGCUAUGAGAGAUCGUGAUCUUGCUGAGCAGGUGAUGCCGAUCUUGGGAAGAAUGAUGGCUAGGAAGAGUAUUUCAGAAACUUUAGCACAAGCAGCCAUUAGAAUAAAUGCUGUAAAGGCUUUGGCUGAUCUCUGCAUUAGAUUUACUGCCUUAGUAGAGCCCUAUCUGCCUGAUAUGUGCAUAUGCAUGAAGGAUCCUAAUGCCUUGGUCAGAGAAACCAUAGUCGUAAUAUUCGUCCAACUACUUCUUGAAGAUUUUAUAAAAGUUAAAGGCUCAUUUUUCUAUCAUAUCUUGACAAUGCUUUCAGACAAGGAUGAGACAAUAAGAGAACUGACGAUAUUUCUAAUAAAAGAAAGAUUAUUAAUAAAAAACAAGACUCUAAUUUCGCAGGCUUUCAUAAGGAGUAUUUUUCAUUAUAAUAAUUGUCAAACAAGGUAUAAAUUCACUGAUAGAACAUUGAGGAAAAAAGAAAAAGAACUUUUAACACUACCAGGAAAGAAGAAUGAACAGAGCAGAAGAAUAAUUUAUGAUUUCAUGAUGGAGCAUCUGGAUCCACCAAGUAAACUUAAGAUUUUAACCAAAUUAAAUUCCGAAGUACUAGAAGGAGUGAGUGAGAAAUUUAUAAAUGUAAAGCAGUCUGCAGGUGCGUGUGUUCUUAAGGAUGUUCUCUAUAUCGUUGCUAAUGAACGAAUGCACGCUACGUUUGGCAGUAAAAUGCAAGAAGAGGAGUCCCAAGAUGAUACUGCUGCUGUGAUUGAAAGUGCUACCAAUAAUGCAUUGAAUAUAAUUGUGGAAGGAAUGAAAAAGUUCAAGCUUGCUGUCAUGCUGCAAACAGUAAUUAAGUUGCGAGAGUUUUUGUUAGCAAGUAAUUCGCCACUGCUAAUAGACGUUUCACAGUUCCUUUUGAAAUUCAUCUCUGAAUUUAACAAAGACCAAAUCGCAGAAAUAAAUGAAAAUCAUCCUGAUCUGAAGAAAGAUCUGGAUCACGACAUCAGCGAGCAUAGAAGAAGACCACAAUUCAGCGAUUUAGAAAAUGAUUCAGAAAAUGAAACUGCAACUGCAGUUGAUGAAGGCAUAGAAACUACUGAAGAAAGGGAGGAUUACAAAUCGGAACCUGUAGCUCAAAGCAUGGAAAUUGAUGAAACGGAAAGUAUCGAAUCAAAUGUUGUAGCUCAAAGCGCAGUAACUCCUAAAAAAGUAGAGCGUAGUGAAUUAAAAAAGAAAAAUUCGAGCGCUAACGUAUCCACGGAGAGUAAAUCAAAGGAAGAAACACCCCGUAUCACACCUCAAAAACUUCAAGACAUUCAACUUAACAGUGUACCAAGAAUAGUUUUAAGAAGGAUUUCUACUUUAACUUAUCCUGGUAUCAAAAAUUGGAUGAGUCCCCCACACGAGUCCUCGAGAAAUUCCCAAUCAUCGGAUGCUGGACCAUCCACUAGUAGUGGAAUAUCCUCCAACAGUCCCAGUGAAGACAUGUCUGUAUCGUCGCCCGACUUUUCUGAACCUGACAUAUGUACUACACCAAAACCAAAAAAACGCUCUAGGCUGUCUAAGAGAAUUAAUAAGGUACAAAGCGAUUGAAGGUAUAAAUAUUGAAUGAUUGUUAUUUAAUUCUAAUUAAAAUCUUGAGAAAUUUUCUUUGCCAUGCAUUAGUUCGAUGUCAAUGCAUAUAGAACUGUAUGAGAUUAUUGUUUGACUUGUUAAAAAAAUAUUUUUCUACAACUGUAGACUUUGUAAAUAUUUUUAUACAUCACGAUUAAUUAAACAAUUUAACCGAACGUACUUCGAUAUUUAAAAGAUUGCACUUUUCUAAGAUACUCGCCAGUGGUUGUUGAAAUUGUUAUAUUUAUGAAUGUAAUAACUUAUUUAUGCUCUCAUCAAACUAAAUGAUAAUCGCAAAGAAGAUUAAUUGUAAAUAGAUAAGUAGCCGCCUAAAUGAAUAACUGCAAGUAAAAUUCUGACAUACCUACCUCUUAGUUUAUUGUAGAUUCUAUGCGCUAAUUGAGUGAUAGAGUAUGUCCGUGUUUCCAGCUCUUUUUGAAUUUCUGUAAUGAAUGUUGAACCAUAAACAUUGAACCAGUCCGAUCAUGCAGUCAUGAAAAUUUACCUUGAUUUGUGUGCGCUAGUACAUUGCUUUGAAUAUUUUUAACAAUGACGAUAUUUUCUAUCAUCACAUCUAUUAAACCACGGGUCUCUUCAGCCUGUCAAAACAAGCUACUUAAUGAAUUUGGCAAAUUAGAUUAGGCGAGUAAUAACGAUACAUUAUAAAAUAAUGUAACGACAGAAAAUAAUUUUAAAAAUCGGUGCUAAAGUAGAAUGCCGUGGACGAAUGCAAUCCUAGCGUAAAUGUCGGGAUAAUGUACGUACUUCCUCGAGAAGUUCGUUCAGCUUUUUGUUUUGCUUCAUCUGUAUUUGCACAUUCCUGAGAAAACUGUUGCUCGACGUCAAGCUGCUCUUGCGCAUCUGUGUAAGAAAAGCCCAAUGCUUAUGUCUGAAUUACCGGCACAAUAACAAUAAACUUACCGCACACAAAUCAGGCAUACGAUCGCGCGUCAUGCUGAACGUCGUCGUUUCGCUUUUAUCGCCACCGGGAGACUACAGUGAGCGUGAAUCGCGUCGCGCGCGAGCAAGUUAUCUUCCUUAUCUGCGCGCUGUUGAUUAUUGAUAAAAAAAGAUCAUUAUUGGCCGCGCGGCAAUAGGCGCGGGCGUUCGCCUUAAUUUCAAUCUUUUUUUUUUUGCGCGCGCACAAUUUGCACUUGUGUUAUCAGAUGUCUCGAGCGCUCGCACGACUAUAUACUGCGGCUGUUCCAACCGGCGAAUUCAAACGUCUGACACACUUUCGCGGCUCACGCACCUCUAGAACAGCGCUGCGCCAAUUCAUUUGUGACGAUAUACUUUGCAUCUAAACUGGAAAAGGAAGCUACCACUUGCCUCGGCUAGAGAGACAAGGACAAAGCGUUGGGUAUCUUGUGCGGCUGACAAUUUCUUACGUUCUUUUGUAACAUUUCUCACCUACCUAUAUCAACCAGCGAACAAUGCAUGCGUUUCAUCGGUAGACUUUUUUUGUAUAGAUAUUUGUAUUGUUCCUCGUGUAAGCGAGUAGCGAGACGUAGAAGCAGAUUAAGAAAAUCUGAUAGUGCCUGUGUGCUUCGAAAACAUUUCCAGUUCUUAUUUAGGCUUAUAGGCCCAGUGAAGUUUACGAAUGCUUGAAUGUAAGUGCAUACUUUGAGUGUGCGAUGCGUACUAUGUAAACUGUGUAAAGUUUGACUAAUAAUUUCAACGCGUUGAUGGGACAAAAAAAUAUAUUUUUUUUUUUUAAUUAUUCAGAUUUAUAAUUAAUGAUUUCAUGUUGAUUAUAUUGUGUUUUUUUUUAUGUUUGUCAGAGUUAUAUAUUGUCAGAGUGCGAAGUUUAUAUAUAAAUUAAGAAAAAAUACGAGGAAGUACAAGUAAAAUACACACCUGUGUAUACUUUAUCGGGCGUCAAAGCUGAUAAGUAUUUGAGCAGAACUGUGAUAUUUUGCAGAAUAAAAAAUGUUGCAUUUUACCUUUAUAUACAUUAACAUAUAAAAAACGUAGUCCCAAGAAAUUUAUUGUAAGAGGAUUAAAAGUGUUUUUAAUAAAAGACUUUAGUUUUGACAGUAA